GCGCUUCAGUGACAUGUGCCUGCUUUUGAGAAAAUCAGGACUCUUCAGAUUAGUACUAGGAAUAAUUAUCAUGUUUGUUUUAUGUUUACCUGAAUUUUUCAAAAUCCAUGAAGCUAACACUGUCAUCGUGUGGUGCGUGGAUACCUGUUCAUCGCAUAACACCACUUUUCCACUUUGUACUUUUAAUAACAGUUCUUGCAAAAGAUCGGUGCAACAAAGAAGAGAAAACCAGACCCUUUUACUGAAGGUCAAUGUAAAUCAUUCCAGUUUCCAGAAUAUUCCGUGUAUUUGUCAGUCUUCCAUGAGCAAACAACAGUUUCAUACUAAACACACAGAGUGUGAAUCCAAGAGAGAUGUGAAUAUUGAUCAUCAAGGAUCAGGGUCAGUGGCUAAAAAAACAAAAGGCUCACUUGAAGUGAAAACAGAAGAUGUUAUUUAUUUUAAUAAAUAUUUUAAUUUCUCUACGGUUUCUGAGAAAGAAGUAGAGCAUAAUACUUACUACCUUCUGGAAAUCCACAUCAACAAUUCUAUAUUUGGAGGAACAAAUGCAGCUGAAGAAUACCUAAAUAAUUCCUGUCUUGUGGCAAUGAUGGAAGACCAAAAUGACUGUAUAAAUAUUUCACUGCAACUGAAGUCUGAUGUGGAAUAUCCAAUGUGUACGACAAAGAUAAUUUGGCUCACUAUGAUUCCAGUAGUAUUUGUCUUAACUAUUUCAAUCGUCAUCUACAAAAUAGUCCAAGAAAAUGAAAACUGGUAAUGCAUUUUGUUUAAAACAGAUUGUAAACACAGAAUAGCAGCAGUUUCUACUAUUCUAAGAAGAAAGAAUUCUAGACAUGCAAGAAGAACCAUAUCUGCUACUAAAAUUAAUCCUUUUCCUGUGAAAACCAGCAAACAACAGAUUUCAGUUACUUUACAGACCACAAAGAUACUGCCCAUAAUUCCUGAACAUGAGCAUUGUCAUGUGGGUGCAUCAACUGUAUCUGAGGUGGGAGUAGCCAUUGAGAUCAUUGACCUAUGA